AAUUUCUCUGAAUAUCUUGACAAAGCCAGUGUGAUCAUCUUCUCCACUUCUUUUCCCAGCAACACAAUGUGCAGUUUAGAGAAGAGUGGGAACAUUUUCAUUCUAACCUUAACUGGUGAUGACGAACAGCGGAUAAAUCCGACGCUAAUAGAAUCAAUCCGGAACUCACUUAAACAAGUUCGCACUAACGCAAAACCUGGUUCAGUUUUGGUCACAACAGCACAAGGCAAAUUCUUCUCCAACGGCUUUGAUUUUAAAUACGCUGCAGCUGCUGGAUCCGCCACCGGGUCUUAUGAUCGGCUUAGUGGGAUUUCAGAUAGUUUUAAAUUCGUCGUUGCUGAUCUGCUCUCGCUUCCAAUGCCAACUGUGGCUGUUGUUUCAGGUCAUGCUGUUGCAGCUGGAUUCCUUCUUGCAUUAAGCCAUGAUUAUGUAUUGAUGAGGAAAAGCAAAGGGGUUUUGUAUAUGAGUGAGUUGAAUAUUGGGCUAAACGUUCCUGAUUAUUUCAUGGCUUUCUUGAAAUCAAAGAUUCCGUCUUCGAGGGUUCGAAGAGAUGUUUUACUUCAGUCUAUGAAAGUUACAGCGGAAAGAGCUGUGGAGAUGGGGAUUAUAGAUUUUGCUUAUGAUACUGUUGAGGAAACAAAAGAAGCUGCUAUGAAAUUGGCGGUGAAAUUGGGAUCCAAUAAAUGGAAUGGUGAAGCUUAUGCUGAUAUCAGGAUGAAUUCAUUUCCUGAGAUUUGUGAAUUGUUACGGCUUGUUGCCAUUUUCAAAUCAGGAUUUGUUGUGGAUAUCAAAUCCGCUUUAUCAUCUAAGCUUUGAAUCAAUGUCCAAUUUCAUAGUUAGAACAAGUGUAACGGUGGAAUCCAUUCCUCUUCCAUUUUCCACGCCACCUCAACAUUUGGAACUGUAGAUGGAAGCGCAAGUGUAAUAGUGGAAUAGUAGAAAUGCUAUUCUUAAUGGAACUAAAAAAACGCAAUUAAGAAUGAAGCUAAAAAAACGCAAUUAAGAAUGAAGCUUUUUUUUCA